GAUUCUGGAAUCGCCCACCGCAAGAGGCAUUACAAGUUAUGGAUCUUGGCUGCGAUAAUCCUCGUAGCUCUUUGGACCAUGUUCACUGGCUCCGUCACCCUCAAAUGGUCUGCAACCAACAACCAAGACUUCGAUUCUAUGAUUCUCCAAGAUCACGACGUCCUGGAAGUGGAGGAGAGAGAGAAAGUGGUGAGGCACAUGUGGGAUGUGUACAGCCACAGCAACUCGGUUCGAUUACCCAAGUUUUGGUCUGAAGCUUUCGAAGCUGCUUACGAGGAAUUGAUGAGUGAUAUUGGUGGCGUCCGAGACGCAGCCGUUUCAGAAAUUGCCAAGAUGUCACUGUGCUCUCUUCCUCUUCUUCUUCAAUCACAAUCGGUUGUGCAGACCAUAACGGGAUCAAGAAAAAUUAAGCAAGCGAAGAGUAACAUGAACAGUACAGUCAACAGUGACCAAUAA